AUGCCGCGCAAAGCGAUUGACUCGCGCAUCCCUGCCCUCAUCCGAAAUGGCGUGCAGGAGAAGAAGCGUAGCUUCUUCGUCGUGGUUGGAGACCGAGCGAAGGAUGUGAUCGUGCAUCUCCACUACAUCAUGUCCAGCGUCGAUGUGAAGCAGAACAAGUCGGUCCUGUGGGCGUACAAGAAGGAUUUGCUGGGCUUCACGAGUCACCGGAAGAAGCGCGAAAACAAGAUCAAGAAGGAGGUCAAGUACGGCAUUCGCGAACCGAACCAGGAGGAUCCCUUCGAGCUCUUCAUCACACUCAACCAGAUCCGCUAUGUGUACUACAAGGAGACGGAAAAAAUUCUGGGUAACACCUACGGGAUGUGUAUCUUGCAGGACUUCGAGGCUAUGACCCCGAACUUGCUGGCACGCACUGUUGAAACCGUCGAGGGAGGUGGUAUGGUGUUGCUACUGCUGAAGAGCAUGAACAGCUUGAAGCAGUUGUACACCCUGUCCAUGGACAUCCACUCCCGUUACCGGACAGAGGCGCAUGAUGAUGUGGUGGCCCGCUUCAACGAGCGCUUUAUUCUCUCUCUGGGAAGCUGUGAAUCCUGCCUGGUGGUUGACGAUGAACUGAAUGUCCUGCCCAUCUCCGGCGGCAAGAAUGUCAAGCCCCUCCCUCCCCUCGAAUCCACCGACGAAUCCAGUUCAGGGCCCAAGAAGGAGUUGAAGCAAAUCAAGGAGAGUUUGGCAGAGUCACAGCCGGUUGGGCCGCUCUUGAACUUGGCUCGUACUGUGGAUCAGGCAAAGGCUCUUUUGACCUUUGUUGACGCAAUUGCUGAGAAGACGCUGAAGAGCACUGUUACACUUACUGCCGCCCGUGGUCGUGGAAAAUCCGCUGCCCUCGGUGUUGCAAUCGCCGCCGCUAUUGCCCAUGGUUACAGCAAUAUCUUCAUCACCUCCCCUAGCCCUGAGAACUUGAAGACGCUCUUCGAAUUUGUGUUCAAGGGCUUUGAUGCUCUGGGCUACUUGGACCACGUCGACUACACUAUCUUGCAAUCGACUAACCCGGAUUUCAACAAGGCUAUCGUGCGUGUUAACAUCCACCGCAACCACCGUCAAACUAUCCAGUACAUUCAACCGCAGGAUGCGCAUGUCCUGGGACAAGCAGAGCUAUUGGUUAUUGACGAGGCGGCCGCUAUCCCUCUGCCACUUGUGCGCAAGCUGAUGGGCCCUUACCUGGUGUUCAUGGCCUCGACCAUCAACGGUUACGAGGGAACUGGUCGGUCUCUUUCCUUGAAGCUGAUCCAGCAGCUUCGGGAGCAGGCGCGCGGUGGUGUCAAGACUGCCGACGCCGAUGUUGCUGACCGCAGCACCGGCAAGAUCUCCAAGAGCACAGACAAGAACCUCGGCGGUCGGUCACUGCGUGAAAUUACUCUUGCUGAGCCCAUCCGUUACGCCCCCGGCGACGCCGUUGAGAAGUGGCUGAAUAAGGUCCUGUGUCUCGAUGCAACCCUUCCCAAGUCGCGCAUGAACACUCAGGGAUGCCCCCACCCGUCGCAGUGCCAGCUGCUCCAGGUCAAUCGUGACACGCUUUUCUCUUUCCACCCGGUCUCCGAGAAGUUCUUGCAGCAGAUGAUGGCUUUGUAUGUUGCCAGUCACUACAAGAACACGCCUAAUGACCUUCAGCUCAUGAGUGAUGCCCCCGCCCACCAACUCUACGUGCUUGUUCCCCCCAUUGAUGAAGAAGCUACCAAGCUUCCAGAGCCACUUUGCGUUAUUCAAGUCGCUCUCGAAGGCCGGAUCAGCAGACAGAGUGUUCUGAACAGCCUAAGCCGCGGCCAGCGUGCUGGUGGCGAUCUGAUCCCCUGGCUGGUGUCCCAGCAGUUCCAGGAUGAGGACUUCGCGGGUCUCUCUGGUGCUCGUGUCGUCCGUAUCGCCACCAACCCCGAAUACGUUGGCAUGGGUUAUGGUUCUCGUGCCCUUGAACUUCUUACCGACUUCUACGAGGGCAAGUUCACCAGCCUCGACGAGAAGAUGGCUGAACCGCAGGAGGAGAUGGUCCGCGUCACCGACGAGGAGCUCGCUAACUCGAGCCUGCUCGAUGACAACGUCCAAGUUCGGGAUAUCCGCUCCAUGCCACCGCUCUUCGGUAAGCUGACCGAGCGUCGUCCUGAUUCUCUGGACUAUCUCGGUGUCAGUUACGGCCUCACCCCGACGCUGCACAAGUUCUGGAAACGCUCUUCCUUCCACCCGGUUUACCUGCGCCAGACUCCUAAUGAUCUGACCGGCGAGCACUCGUGCGUCAUGCUGCGCACUCUGAGUACCGGCACCAAUGAUGCCAGCUGGUUGGGCGCUUUCUCUCGGGACUUCCACCGCCGAUUCCUCGCCUUGCUUUCUUAUCAAUUCCGUCAAUUCCCCUCAGUUCUCUCCCUGAGCAUCUGCGAGUCCGCCACUUCUGGCGCCAAGCUUGACUCCUCCGCCGUGCUGCGCACUCUGAAUAAGGGUGACCUUGAUGCUGCCUUCUCGCCGUUCGACCUGAAGCGUCUGGACAGCUAUGCGAACAACCUCCUCGACCACCACGUCAUCCUGGACAUGGUCCCCGCUAUUUCCGAGUACUACUUCUCCAACCGCCUGGGCGGUAAGGUCAGCCUUUCCGGCGUACAGCAGUCGAUUCUCCUGGCCAUUGGUCUGCAGCGUAAGAGCAUGGACGAUCUGGAGAAGGAGCUGAACCUUCCUUCGUCCCAGCUUCUUGCCAUGUUCCUCAAGAUCAUGCGCAAGAUGUCGACUCACUUCCGCGGCCUGAUUGAGGGUGCUGUUGCAGACACCAUGCCUGCAGAGCAAAUUCGCCCCUCUGCUUCCGCCGGUGGUGCCCAUGACGAUGAUGUGAUCGAGGACCGAUUCAAGCCUUUGGAGACCGGUUUGGAAGAUGAACUCCGUGAGGGUGGCGAAGUAAUCAACGCGGAGUUGCGCGAGAAGCAGCGUGCAUUGAUUGACGCUCUUCCGCUGGACAAAUACGAAAUUGACCACGGUACUGCGUCUUGGGAGGAUGCUGAGAAGCAGAUCCGUGCCGGCGGUGCUGCCACUGUUAGCGUGAAGUCGAAGCAGUCGAAACGGAAGAAGGGUGAGACGGCGCGGGAUAUCUUCGACAAGGAAGUCGACUCCAAGCGUCAAAAGAUGAUCAAGAAGGGCACCGAGGGCCGCAAAAAAUAA